GGGGGUGGUUUGUCUGCUUUGAUAAACCGGCCUCUCGUUGUCGGGCCGCUGAUGUGAGCGGGGUACGGAGUGUGAAAUAACAAGAAGGGAGCGUUUGGAACGUAGUGUUGCAGUGUGAGCGCGAGAACGGCGGCUGCCAUGGUUUCCCUGGGCUCUGACUACCUCCAGUGUAACCCUGUGGUAUAGUAAUCAAUGAUGGAUAAAAUACUGGAAGCCCUCAUCACUUCUUCACAUCCCCUAACAGUGAAGAAGGGGAUUGUGAAGAAAGUGGUAGAUGCAGCUGAGAACUCAGUUGACCGAGAGCAAUGCAAGGCGAUGUUUGAUCUCACGACAAGAUUAAUUUUAAUUGGGGAGGACAGUUUCCAGAAACAAGUAGGUCUUCAGGUCCUUGAUGCCUAUGCCAGGUACCAUCGUUGUGAAUUUGAAGAGUUCUUUAACAAGGGCUUUAUUCUAAACCUUCUGCAACAAGGUUAUGGAUCAUUAGAUAAGAAAGAUAUCGCCAUUAUUGACUAUAUCCACAUGGGACUAAAGCUUAUAAUGAGCUGCCCUUCUGUACUUGAAAUCUUUGGCUGCAUGCACACUGAGGUACUGCGAUUAGUUUGUGAGAGACCAGAGCCUUUGCUGUGUGCUAGGUUGAGUGAGUUGUUGUCUGACUUUGUACACUGCAUCCCAAGGGGUAAAUCAGCAGUGCUGUUUUGCCAGCAGCUUGUAAGGACUAUAACUCAGUUCCAAUGCAAUGCUACACAGGAGGAAGAGAUUCGUGGAUUUAUUUCUCAGGUGAACAAAGUAAGCAAUUUGCUACAAAGCAUUUGGAAAGCUGAGCCUGGUGCACUUCUGCCUUCUCUUCAAGAGGUAUUCGUAAUAAUCUCUGCUACAGAUUCUAUAUUUGAACCAUCUAUUGCCCUAGCAAGUCUUGUACAGCACAUCCCAUUACAAAUGAUUACAGUUCUCAUUCGAAGCCUGAUCACAGAUCAAAACGUCAAAGAUGCCAGCAUGACUUGUGCUCUCUGCAGGAUGAUUGAUUGGCUGUCCUGGCCUUUGGCUCAGCAUGUCGAGACAUGGGUGAUCGCGCUGCUCAAAGGAUUGGCUUCAGUCCAGAAGUUCACUAUCCUCAUAGAUGUCACUUUGCUUAAGAUCGAACAGGUAUUUCAUCGCCUUUGGUAUCCUAUUGUGCGGCCUGGUGCUUUAACGGUUCUUUCACACAUGCUGCUCAGUUUUCAGCAUUCUCCAGAAGCCUUUCAUUUAAUUGUUCCCCACAUUAUAAAGCUAGUUCAGUUCCUGAAAGAUGAAGAUUCGCCUACCAGUAAAAUCUUCCUCAUGCAGUUGACUGAGUUGAUGCAUUGUAUGAUGUAUCAGUAUUCUGGGUUUCCUGAUCUCUAUGAACCUAUUCUUGAGGCCAUUAAGGACUUGCCAAAGCCUUCUGAAGAGAAGAUGAAGAUGACUCUUAAUCAAAGUGCUUGGACAUCGCACUCAAAUUCUUUGGCAUCUUGUUUGUCAAGGCUUUCAGGAAAAUCUGAAACUGGAAAAACUGGGUUAAUAAACCUGGGCAAUACCUGCUAUAUGAACAGUGUCAUUCAAGCAUUAUUUAUGGCUACAGAUUUCAGAAGAUCUGUUUUAUCACUGAACCUAAAUGGAGCUCGUUCUUUGAUGAGAAAACUGCAACUUCUCUUUGCUUUUUUGGCUCACACACAGAGAGCAGCAUAUGCUCCACAGAGCUUCUUUGAAGAAUCAAGACCACCAUGGUUCACCCCUGGGUCCCAGCAAGACUGUUCUGAAUACCUCAGGUUUCUUUUGGAUAGGUUACACGAAGAAGAAAAAACUUGUAGAAUUCUUCAUGAGAAUUCCCCACAAAGCAGUAGCAGUUCAGCAUAUGACUGCAGCUCUCUAGAGCAUCCCGAGGAAACAUCACCUCUCUCUCAAGCAAAUCUGCCAGGAAUUGAUGAUGGGAAAACACUAAUAGAGAAGAUGUUUGGAGGCAAACUGCAAACCACAAUACGCUGUCUAAACUGUAAGAGCACCUCUCAGAAACAGGAGGCUUUCACCGAUCUCUCUCUAGCCUUUCCACCAUGCCUUGAAGAUGUUGUAGAAGCUGGACCCACACAGUUGCUUGCCCCAGCAGACUAUGAAAGCACAAUGCCUCAUUGUCGUACUGCAGUAGUCUCUGAUGCUCCUCACAGUGAGCCUCCUUUAAUUCACGGCAUUCAGGUGGAAGAAAUUGGACAUGGAUCAGAGGUGGUGGAUGAUAUGCUUCAAAAGUUUCCACUGCAACCCAUUGCUUCUGUAGAUUCCUGUAGUCUGUCAGUGCCAUCUGAUAAACUGGUCUCAGUUCACAGCAAUAAAUCCAUUGAGCAGAAUGACAAAACUAAAUCUGUCCCUCAUCUAAUAAGUUAUUUUUUGGCCCCUGAAAUUCUCAAUGGAGAGAACAAGUACUACUGUGAAAAAUGUGCCUCGUUGCAAAAUGCACAGAAGGUUAUGCAGGUAGUUGAUGAACCUGAAUACCUCAUUCUCACUCUCCUGAGAUUUUCAUAUGAUUCAAAGAGUCACAUAAGGCGGAAAAUUCUGGAUGAUGUGGCACUUCCUCUUGUUUUACAGUUACCUGUUGAAAAAACAUCUUCAAAAUCACCAGCGCUCAGCCAAUCCCUGCUGUCUGACUCACCUGAAAACCUGCCUAAAAAAUUGAAAUCCUCUGGUUCAGUAGACUCAAGUGAUUCACAGCCAGUAUCUUACCUCCUCUCAUCUAUUGUGGUGCAUUCUGGAAUGUCAUCUGAGAGUGGGCACUAUUACUGCUAUGCCAGAAACACAAAUUCAGGAUCUGUAGGCCAAUUAUGCUAUAAGACUAACCUUGCAGGUCUGUCCUCUCAGGGUUGUGCAACAGAUAGUGAUGAUUCUAACACUUCAGUUAUUUGGCAUGAUCCAAACUGCAAAGAGACAUCAAAGGAGUGGUUUCUGUUCAAUGACAGCAGAGUGACUUUCACAUCCUUUCAAUCUGUUCAGAACAUCACCAGCAGGUUUCCUAAGGACACAGCAUAUGUCUUGUUUUACAGGAAGCAAGGUGCUAAUUGUGGAGUCUACCCAGGUGCAAUAAACGGACUGUGGGUAAAUGGAGAGCCACCACUGCAGAAGGAACUCAUGGAUGCAAUCACUAAAGACAACAAACUUUACCUACAGGAACAAGAGUUAAAUGCCCGUACCAGAGCACUGCAAGCAUCCUCUGCUACAUGUUCGUUUCGCCCACGCGGUUUUGAUGAUAGUGAUCCACCGGGGAGUUGCGGCCCAAGUGGCGGUGGGGGAGGAAGUGGUGGCUUUAAUACUAUUAGCCGUCUUGUCUUCUGAGACUCCUUCAACAAGGCCAACUUUCUUCUCUCCCCUUCCUCCUGCCGACAAAUGGGGAAAUUGUGUAUCACGUCACUCUAUGGGUCAGAAUCUAUUGAUGAAGUCUCAAGAUGCUUCCAGUUGUUUUAUUUGUUUUCCCGGCCCAUUUGGCAUUUUGAGAAAAAAAUGACUUGUACUAAUUAUUUCCUUGCUAAUUCUUAAUGUAGGGAAAAAGAUGGGAAAAAUAUUCAUGAUUGCAAUAAUUUUUAAUGUUUGUAGGUUUCUUAACCUUACAGCUGAAUUUCACCCUAACUAUAUUUGCAUGAUGAAUUUUGUAAAUAAGACAUUCAGCAUUGUAAUGUGUAUUUGUAUAAAGGCUGUAAAUACAUUGAGUGAACUUUUAAAACCCAUAACUAAUCAAAAUAUUGAGAUGGUAAUUUUUUAAAUUGCCAUAUUUCUAUUAUUGCAUUUCUUUGUUAUUUUUGAAUGUGUAAAUAACAUCUUGCAAUUUCAGGGAGCAGUGUUUGUCACAGAUUUGAUAGUCAUUUUGCUCUUUUUUUGUGUGAUUGUGCAUGUGUGCCUUGAGAUCAGUAUAGACUAGGUACUUCUAGGAUGCAAGAACAGAAUUUGAGAGUUAUUUUUUCAGACUUUUUUUUUGAAAAUGCACAUCCUUGGGAGAGGGAGGAUAAUUACUUAUGUUUGUCAUAGAUGUAACUUAACAUCUUAAAUCUUGUUUACGUUUUGAAGUUUCUAAGAAACCCUGCCAUCACUUGAAGAGAUCUGAGGUUUAUUGCACAUAUAUACUAAAUAUAAAAGGCUAACACAGUGUUUGCUCCUGUGUUUGUUCAUGGCUGAUGCAGUGAUUUAACUACUGAAUAAUUCCAAGCAUUGUCAAACUUAUGAAUGUGUUGAGAAUUGUUCUAGCAUUGGGUGGACUACAGUGCUAACUAAGAACUUAUUAUAAAACUGAAUAUUUAUAAAUAUUUAAAUGUAUAGGACAUACAUAUGAUUAGGAAACAAACAACUUACUGGAAAAGUGUUGCCUGUUAUUCAAUAACAGGUUUUCACUAAAUUAUUGUUUGUUUUUAUUUUAGUAAUGCACUGUUAUACUUUAGGAUAUAACUUUUUCAAAAACAUUUAAACACAAUUAGCAAUGAUUUCCAACUUCAUCUAGUGACUAGCAAUGAUCAAUGACUGCUGAGUCAUUUUUAUUUUGCACCAGUUUUCCUUCAAUCAGUAUCUAAUAUCAGACACUGAUGAUACAACAAAACUGUUCAUUCUAUUUUACAUAGCUUUUUAUUUUUGGCUUAUUUUUAAAAUAGCUCUAUUGGCUUGAUUUCAUUUUCCCCAGCUCUUUUUGGAAAAUCUUUAUCUUACAAACAUUAAUAUGUGCAGUUUCUUUUUUUUGUUGUGCCCAUUUUGUACCACAGGCCCUUAACAAUAAAGCAGAACUGCUUGUUA